AGCCAGGCACAAGUCUUCUGUGUACCUUUUUUUUAUUACAAUUUUGUCUUGAAUUAAAAUGGUUGCUAUAACGUAGAUUUAGAAUUGAACGUGAGAACUUUGUUUUGGAAUUAUUUUCUCAGUGUGUUUCUUGUUGGAUUGCAUAAAUUGACUUUGUUCCAAUGGCCGAAGGAGGGCAUACCAUAAGGAUACCAACUUGUGACUGUGGUCAGCACAACCCAAGCAGACCAGAAGAAUUGGAAUGUAACAGCUCUCCCAACUCUCAGACGUCUACAGACGUCCAGCAGAACCAUCCAAAUCUCAGAGCUUCACCCAUUCCCACACCUUCCAGUUCUCGGACUUUAUCUGAUACUUCAGAGCAACAGCCAAACAGAUCAUCAUAUGAUGCACAAGAUUUACAACAUUUUUCAGAUAGACUUACCAGUUUAUCCGAAACUAUAGAGCGACUCAGAAACCUGCUGUCAUUUCGAGAAAGGGCUUUAAACAGUACAUCAGAGCAGCUCAGCAGCCAGACAUCAUCCACUGCAUCAAAUGUAACACCGGAAUUGAUUAAUGGUGAUCUAAUAAAUCCAAUCCCGCCACAGUACGUUGGUCCAGCAGUUAGCAGUCAAGGAUCACCGUUUUUUGCUGCGGUCCGAAUUAUGUUCUCGGCCGAACCGCCGACCUUGAUGACGAGCAUCCCCUCGGGACAAUACCGGACAGGCCGGAUUCGCUUUGACGUCCCCCUGGUGUUGGCCAAUGAAUGUUUGCGACUCGUUCAAGAUCCUGAAAGAGCCUUUGCAAUGCUCAGUGACCAGCCAAUGAACGCUAGAGGGCUGGCUUAUAUAGAAUCAGAGUCUGGCAUCAGGAGUGUUCGUGGAUCUUAUAGUCUGAUGCUCUCAGCACGAAGUCCUGCCCAUGACACAGUGACUGCACCAAGAUUGGCUGACCUUAGAGAAGUGUCAGUGAACGAGCUAGAAGAGAAUGAACACGAAGAUUCGCCCUAUCGCGAAGAUGCACCCUACCACGAAGAUUCACCCUACCGAGAAGAUUCACCCUACCGAGAAGAUUCGCCCUAUCGCGAAGAUGCACCCUACCGAGAAGAUUCAUCCUACCGAGAAGAUGCACCCUACCACGAAGAUUCACCCUACCGAGAAGAUGCACCCUACCGAGAAGAUGCACCCUACCACGAAGAUUCACCCUACCGAGAAGAUUCACCCUACCGAGAAGAUUCACCCUACCGAGAAGAUUCACCCUACCACGAAGAUUCACCCUACCAUGAAGAUUCACCCUAUCACGAAAAUUCCCCCUAUCACGAAGAUUCACCCUAUCACGAAGAUUCACCCUAUCACGAAGAUUCACCCUACCAUGAAAAUUCACCCUACCAUGAAAAUUCACCCUACCAUGAAAAUUCACCCUACCAUGAAAGUUCACCCUAUCACGAAGCUUCACCCUACCAUGAAAAUUCACCCUAUCUCGAAAAUUCACCAUUCCAUGAAAAUUUACCCUACCAUGAAAAUUCUCCCUACCAUGAAAAUUUUGAAAUUUCACCCUACCAUGAAAAUUUACCCUAUCACGAAGAUUCACCCUAUAACGAGGAAAGCAGUGAACAUCUGUUGGAUCUGUGUCCAAACAAUGAUCUGGGUGAAUGUGAAGGGGACUGCCCUUACCUCCACGGCUUCAGGUGCUUCUUGUGCCACCUGCCCAAAUGCCAUCCUUUUAACCCUUCUCUGCAUCAAGGUAUUUGUGUUGCUGAGCAUGAGCUGCAGAGUGAGGAUAGAGACUGUGAUAUUUGUUACGAGAGAAUACGUUCCAUAGGCCUAGAACAUCCGUUUGGGGUCCAGGAGAAUUGUCCGCACGUAUUCUGUGUUAGGUGCCUCGAGCGGUGGAAUCAAAACGAGGCCAUGGCAAAUCAUGAGGCCUGUCCUGUCUGCCGCACGCCCUCGGGUCUGAUCUUUCACAGUAGGUACUGCAUCCAGUGUCCGAAUUCAAAGAAGAAAAUUAUCAAAUGCAUCAAAGAAGAGAUGGAGGAUGGAACAGCAAGAAUUUCAAAUUAAGUAAUGAGCCAGUCAUCAAAUUCAUCCAAAAUGUCUCAUUUUUUUUAAAUCCACAUCUUCAUUGAUUGACGAAUGUUUAUUUAGUUUGCUAUCAUCACCAAGUCAAUAAGUCGGCACAUUGUCUUUGAGAAUGAGA